GCGCAGCCCUGCCCCCCGGACCUCGACUUCUAUUGUUCUCACCUCGUCCACUAUCGUAUUCUAGCCCGCGGGUACCCCCGCACACCCACAGGACGCAGGAUUGACUCGCCAUCUGCCAUCCUGUACCUUGCUUCGCGCACGGAAUAGCGUGGAAUUGAUCUGCAAGGUGCCCAGGUCUGCCACCCUACAUGACCUGGCGGGUCGACAAGGUGGUGUGUUCCCCCGCAGCCGUCCCCCGCCUCCCAUCGCUGAGCCUGGCACUCUUCAUCAAUUCGACCUCGGUGCCUGGGGUUGAUCAGCUUUAUACGGGCCGAUCCCAAAGCAGGCCCUGGCUUGUGAAAGUCAUUUCGAAUUGUGUGCUGAAUCCACCCUGCUUUUACCCAAUCUCCGAGAAGCCAGGGGUUUUGGCGUGACGACUUCUGGGAACCUGCGAUAAGCCCAAGCAAGCAAGCAAGCAAGCAGCUGCGCAGAAUCGACUACAGCCACGCGCUGCCCGGUAGAUCAAACGCCAACAACAUCUUGGGCCUGGAAUCACACCUACACCAUCGGGGUGGCUAAUGCCAAAUAUCUCUCCGCACAUAUCGAGUCGGAACGUUCAGCCUAGUCCGCCGACGUCACGCAGUAGCCUGCAGUCUUCAUGAAUUCGUUCUUGGACAACAUCUCAUCAAGACGGACAGGGAGAGACCCACCGCCUCUCUCACUCUCUAUUCAGCCAAAAGACCUGGGGCUUGGCUUGUUGGCACAGUCGCCGGAACCCAGUCUUUCCUCGACCUCAUCCACAAGAAACAGUAUGGGGGAGCCAACGUCGGCCAAACACCACGGCCUAGGCAUCCUAGACAGCAAAGACUGGGAUGAGAUCAAACACCUUGACUGGGACGAGAAGCAUUCAUGGAAAUCAUCAAUAGCCGAGUGGAAACCAGCAUCACCGAGGAUGCUGCACUCGCCCAAGGCCAGCUGGGCGCUUAAGCGGCUAAAAGCCGUCGUCUGGCCAAAGGCAAAAUCCACCGGCCAGCCUGAGGCCCUGCGCAAGACAGCCUACCUCGAUGGCUUGAGAGGCUUCGCCGCCUUUCUGGUUUACUGGCAACACCAUGAGCUCUGGGCCCACACGCCUCAAGAAAAUCACAUAUUUGAGAACGCCUUCGGGUUCGAGGGCCACCACCGCUUUGCUAGCUUCCACGGCAUACGGCUGUUCUUCAAUGGCGGCCACUUCGCGGUCGCCAACUUCUUCAUCAUCUCAGGCUACGUGCUCUCUGUGAAGCCACUGAGCCUGAUCCAGGCUGGAGACCAGGCCAAACUCGCCGACAACCUGGGCUCUGCCUUGUUCAGGAGGUGGAUGCGUCUUUACAUCCCACUCAUCUGCACAACCUUCCUCUACAUGCUGACAUGGCAUGCCUUCGGCGGCCUGUGGAUCCACGGGGCCAAGAAGCAGAGCAACAUGCGGGAUGAGAUCUGGUGGUGGUACGCCGAGCUCAAGAACUUCAGCUUCAUCUUCAACAUGGGUGGGGAGCCGUGGUUCACCUACAACUUCCACCUCUGGAGCAUACCGGUCGAGAUGAAGGGGUCCAUAGCGGUGUACACAACGCUGCUCGCGCUGUCCCGGGCGACGACCAAGGCCAGGCUCUGGUGCACCGUGGGCCUCAUGGUCUACUUCAUGUACAUCUGUGACGGGUGGUACUGCAGCCUGUUCAUGAUGGGCAUGUUCCUCGCAGACCUCGACCUCCUGGCGGCCAAGGGCCAGCUCCCGAGGUUUCUGGCCAGGCUGGCCCCGGUGAAGGAGUUUAUCUACUACCAUCUCCUCGUCAUCGCGCUGUACCUCGGCGGCAUACCCUCCCAGACAACGGACGUGGCGCUGCUGCGAAAGAACCGGGGCUGGUAUUACCUUUCCUUCCUCAAGCCCCAGGCCGCCUUUGACUACAAGUGGUUCUACCUCUUCUUCGCCGCCGCGUUCCUCGUGACGGCAGUUCCGCGCCUGCCCUGGCUGAAGCGGUUCUUUGAGACGCGCUUCUGCCAAUACCUGGGACGGAUUUCAUACUCGCUCUACCUCGUCCACGGGCCUGUGCUCUGGACGCUGGGCGACAGGAUUUACACGGCAGUUGGGUGGGUCGGGGCCAACGGCAUGGAACAGGCUCAGAACAUCCCACAGUGGGUCAACAAGCUGCCGCUGCCCAUGGUGGGCCCCAUGGGUCUGGAGGUGGCGUUCCUGCUGCCCCACCUAAUACUGUUGCCGGUCACGUUUUGGUGCGCGGAGAUGGUCACGAGGUUUAUCGAUGAGCCGGCAGUCAAGUUCGCGCAGGCGUUCUACAAGAGGACACUGGGUCCCGCAGACGCGAGCGCGCCGGGCCCAGAGACGAGGGCCACACCGGGCAUGCCGCCCAAGACGCCUAAACUGGAAGCAUGAAUAUAGAGGCGAGGCUAGGCUAAGCUCGCCGUGCCAUUCUAUCAUACCUCGGGAGACGUACCUAUCUAUACACGUCUUCCAAUUGAAUCCAGACAAAAUACAGUUUGUUAAUCGAGACAACCGGUCAGUCAUGCCAUGAAGAGCAACCCCGCGAUCCUGUCGCCGUGAGGCAAGAGGUGUAGGGCAGAGCAGGGCAGAAAGAAUCCCGACACUUCUGAAAAUGGAAAUGGGAUGCGAGGUUUACCCAGGCCCGCCGAGCCGAGUCGAACACCACCUCACCGCACCUCACAUCACAUCUGCAAUGUGUGUGUGGCACAUGCUAAAAUUCAACACCACGAUGGUUCGUGGCGUGCACGAAAACAGGCGGCGCCCACGGUUCGUGACGCACAUCCCGUUUCAUCCAGAAACCCAAUCGAGCCCGUGAGAGGCUCCUUUGUUCCCGCGGCGGCAGGGCCGCCCUUGAAACUCUAGAUUAAAACUGCCACUGUGACUGCGGUGUCCGCGCGCCAGCCGUGAACAACGACAGCAACAAUAGGUCUCUUAUCUGGCAUACAUAUCUGGUUGGCAAUAAGAUGCCACUGGCGCUGUGCAGCGAUCAAUCAAUGUUUUCCCCAGGCGGGCGAAUUGGAGAAACAAGAUCUCUAUAGCCCACCCCCGCCCAAUAUCUGAGCUGCUGUGGAAUGACGUCCCCACCUUUCUUUUCCCCAGGCCC